GGGAAAGAUGGCCGCUUCCAUUCGAGCAACGCUGCCUCUGUAAUCCGAUUUACUUUAAGACUUUGUGUAGAGUAUUUCGUUAACAACAGCUUGUAAUUAGUCGCACAUGUUACCGGAGUGUUGCAGCACUCGUGGCAGAGAUGAAGACCUUCUGUGGAAGAGCCAACCCGAGCACCGGAGCUUUGGACUGGGUGGAGGAGAGUGAGGAGUACGACUACCACCAGGAGAUAGCCAGGUCCUGCUAUGCUGAUAUGCUACAUGACCAUGACAGGAAUAAGAAGUACUACCAGGGCAUCCGGGCAGCUGUAGCCAGAGUAAAGGCUCGUGGUGAGAAGGUCAUUGUCCUGGACAUCGGGACAGGAACAAGCCUACUGUCCAUGAUGGCUGUCACUGCUGGAGCCGACUUCUGCUAUGCUGUGGAGGUUUUUAAGCCCAUGGCCGAUGCAGCGCGGUGCAUUGUAGAGAAGAACGGCUUCUCUGAAAAGAUCAAGAUUAUCAACAAACACUCCACUGAUGUCACUGUGGGGCCAGAUGGAGAUAUGCAAAUGAAGGCCAAUGUUCUGACCACAGAGCUGUUUGACACAGAACUGAUAGGUGAAGGUGCCCUGCCCAGCUAUGAGCAUGCUCACCAAAAUCUGGUCCAGGAGGGCUGUGAGGCGGUCCCUCACCGCGCCACUGUCUACGCCCAGCUGGUGGAGUCGGAGCUGCUGUGGAGCUGGGCUCAGCUGCAGCCAGUGGAAGUGGAGGGGGCCCGCCUUGUCCCGCCGCCCGCUGUGGGCCACUGUGCUGGAGCUCAUUCAGUGUGUGACAUCCAGCUGAGCCAAGUGUCUCCUCACAGUUUCACCCCGCUUAGCCCUCUCUGCACCAUGUUCAGUGUGGAUUUCAGUAAACCAGUAAGCAGCGCAUUCCAGUCCUACUCCUCCCAGUUUGUGGCUCAGUCCAGUGGUCAGGCCCAGGUCGUGCUGUCAUGGUGGGACCUCGACAUGGAUCCCAGUGGAAGCAUCGUGUGCACCAUGGCUCCCAGCUGGACAUACCCACAGCCAAAGAUGGCCCCUUGGCGGGACCACUGGAUGCAGAGCGUGUACUUCCUGCCUGUGGAGAGCAGGGUGACAGGAGGAGAGGAGCUGAGUCUAACUGUCUGCCAUGAUGACUACAGUCUGUGGUACAGUCUGCAGUCUCACAGCCUGCAGGACUCACAGACUGAGGGUCCUCCGUCUCGGCCGUGUUGCAUCUGCCAAGCUCAUCUGGUUUGGACUCGACCGCGUUUUGGUGAACUCAACGACAGGCGGCGUACAGAGAGCUAUGUCAGCGCACUGCGCAGCGUUCUGAGGGAGGACAGUGUGUGUCUUGGCGUCAGCGAUGGAAGUCUGCUUCCUGUGUUUGCUCACAUGAUGGGAGCCAAGAAGGUUUAUGGUUUGGAAAGCUCCAGAAUGUCCAAACAGGUUAUUGAGCAGGUGUUGGAAGCCAACUUGAUGAAAGGAGGUGUUGAGCUGCUGGAGAUCAGGCCUGAGCAGCUGACCAGUAACGAUCUGGGAGGAGAACAGAUCUCAGUCCUGAUGGGCGAGCCAUAUUUCAGCACCAGCCUUCUACCCUGGCACUCCCUGUUCUUCUGGUACUGUCGGACCGCCUUGGCAGGCCUUCUCCGCCCCAACGCCACCAUCCUGCCCUGCUCUGCCACACUUCACAUGAUGGCGGUAGAGUUCCAGGAUUUGUGGAGGAUAAGAGCUCCGUGUGGAACAUGUGAGGGCUUCGAUGUCUCACCCAUGGAUGAAAUGGUCCAGCAAUCUCUGGAUUUCCGUGAGUCCCGUGAGGCGGAGCCCCAUCCUCUCUGGGAGUACCCGUGCCGUGCUCUGACCCAGUCCACAGCCGUUAUGACCUUUGACUUCACACAGUGCGUCCCUCAACAGCCAAUCAGCAGUCAGGGCUCACUGCCUCUCGUAAGGGUUGGUCGUUGCCAUGGUGUUGCCUUGUGGAUGGAAUAUCACCUGACAGAUGACAUCACUGUCAGUGCAGGACUGAUUGGACCAAUCAGUGAGCAGGGCGAGUGCGAGUGGAGUCGACACAGGAAACAGGGAGUGUAUUUUCUCAGGUCACCGUGGGAGAGCUCAGGUGACGGCAGAGCCGCAGUGUCUUACAGCUUCUCCUUUGAACCCAGUUUAGGAGACAUUAAGAUGGACUUCAGCAUCGAGUCUCAGUGAAGUGGAGACUGAGGAACAGACUGUUAUGCUUUUUACCUCACACCAGUGUUUGCAUUUUGUUGUUUUGGGUGCACAUUAACAUCCGUGGUUCAGCCAAUAUUGUUUUAAAAUGUUAUUAAAUUGUAAUGUGAUUAUCAUCAUACCCAAAACAAAGCAGAAUUCAGUGUGUCAGACAGCUGAACAUGAAACUGUCCAAAACAUCCCAGAAUUUUUGCAUCAUCUUAAUAGUUAUGAUAAUUUAUAUUAAGGGCUACCCAUAGGAGGAGUUAGCAAUUCUACAAUAAAUAAUUCAACAAAAUAAAUCUUUCACAUCAAAGGUGGGUGUCACUAACUGGCUGAUGGAUGUUCAGUCAGUUCAGUGCGAUUAGAGAUGCAAAUUAGGCUGUUGUGUUUGUAACCAGAGAUCACCUUGACUUUUUAUGAAUGAAUAGAUCCGUACAGCAAAGCCAAAUGAGUUAUGGUUAUGUUUCAUAAAGCUUUACAUUGUGCAUUGUUUGUUAUUAUUAUUGCUAAGUUUCCAUGAAGGAUGUUACGUGUUUUUGGC